CGCAGAGCAGAGCGGCAUUCGCAGCUGCAGCACCUGCCAUCCCUUCCCUUCUCCUCAAGCAUCACCAGCUAAGCUUCGUCCCCCCAUCUCGACGUUGCCUCCGUCCAUCCUCUCCUGUCCCUCCUCCGGUCCGACCCUGGUCGAUCGAGGUCGGGGCGCGCGCGCCAUGGGCGGCGUCCAAGAGAAGGAGGCCGGCAUGCCGCCCGCCAUGGCGGUGCCGCCGGUGCUCGUCAAGGGCAAGCGCAGCAAGAGGCAGCGCGUGCACGCGCCGCCGGUCGUGGCCGUGGCCGUGGCGGCGGCGGCGGAGUGGUCGUCGUCGUCCGCGGCGUCGCCAGCCGGCGGCGACGACUCGGGGUCAGGGACCGCCACGUCGCCGUCCGCCGCGGACGACGCCGAGGCCGAGGCCGCGUCCGCCGGGUGCUGCCUGCUCACCGAGGAGGACGAGGACAUGGCGCUCUGCCUCAUGCUCCUCGCGCACGGCGAGCCGGCCAGGGACGACGGUGGUGGCGGCAACGGCAAGACAGCGGCCAAGGAGGCCAGCAGCAGGUUCAGGAGCCGGCGCCCGGCUGCGGCCGGCGACGGCGAGUACGUGUACGAGUGCAAGACGUGCAACAAGUGCUUCCCGUCGUUCCAGGCGCUCGGCGGCCACCGCACCAGCCACAAGAAGCCACGCCUGCUGCUGCUCCCGCCGGUGCCAUCCCAGCCGACCCAGGAAAAGGACCUGGGGCUGGUGCCGACUCCUAACCCUGCAGCCGCGGAGACAGCUGAGGCGUCGCCGCCACCGGCGGCUCCGGCAGAAGCGGCCGCCGAUGCCACCGCGCUCGCGAUCCCAGUUGCCGCGGCGCCAAAGCAAGAAGGACAGGCCGCCGCCGCCGUGGCCACGAGCAGCACGAGCAACAGCAGCAGCGGCGGCGCCAAGCAGCCUCAUCAUCGGCCGCGCGUCCACGAGUGCUCCAUCUGCGGCGCCGAGUUCGGGUCCGGGCAGGCGCUGGGCGGCCACAUGCGGCGGCACCGGCCGCUGGUGCCGGCGGGCGCGCGGGAGCGGGACGACGCGCACGCGCCCAGCAGGAAGGAGAAGAGCCUCCUGGAGCUGGACCUCAACAUGCCCGCGCCCUGCGACGAGGCCGAGGCCGAUGCCCCGGCGGUCACGUCCCCACGCUUCGCUUUCGCCGUCGCGGAGCGUCCUCCGGCGCCGCUGCUCUUCCCGCCGGCCACGCCGUCCGCCCUGGUUGACUGCCAUUACUAGUUAAACACAGGAGAGUACACGACACACCGAUUACCUCCCUCCUCUGCGGGCUUCAACAUCAUACAUAACGUCUACUGCACACACAAACACACAAACACACACACUACACGCCACUUGGAUUCGAUCUUCUCGCUGUCAAAUACUUUUUGUUUCGUUAUACCAUUUGUUCAUGUUGAUUAAGUUGAUUGGGAAUUUGGAGAUGUGAA